AUAAUUUUAACAUAUUAUAUUUUAGACAACUACAAAGAUGCCUGUAGGAUUAUGGAGCAGUAUCAGACCGGCUGCAACACCUCUGACCUACAGUCUGAGGCAGAGCAGGAGUGUGGGCCACCAGAUAAGAGGCAAAGGAGGCCAGUCCAUCGUUUCGGAGACUCUGACCAGAGCGAAGAAGAUGUGGAAGAUGUAGUGUCUCAGUUGGAAGCACUACCAGUGCUUCCAAGCCCAAGCCAAUUUCCCUGGCAGACUCCACUAUCUCGAAAAGUGCCAGGCAGUAGAUUCGCUGCUCCUCAACCUGGAGAAAAUUGUCCAGCAUCUCACCAUGGGGCAGGACUGCAUCACCCUGCACCCGCAUUGAGCAUGCAGAGAGUUACUCAAGGAACGGCAGUCCCUCCUCAACUCCCUCCACCCCCCGCACCAGCCCUCAACAUGCAGCCUUCUUCCAGCCUGGCCUACAGACCAACAUGGCGAGGGGGAAGAAUGGCCGAUACCAUUCCCUGCUCUGCGGCAGAGUUCCAAAUACUCAGCCUGCUGGAAACGAUAAAGAACCAGAACGACCAGCUUACGGCUAAGGUGAACCUACUCACCAGUAGGAUGAACAGCACCCCGGGGCCAGAUGUGGAGAUGCCGGACAGCAUCCAGUUUCCCCUGGAACAAUUGGAGGCAGUGGAGGCAUUUGAACAGUUUUUAAAAGAACCGUCAAAUGGCCCAGCUCGACAGAGAGUGGUGAGUUUUCUUACUUAAUUAGGUUUAGGUUUAUUGAUUGCCCAUGAUUAUUGCAAAUAUUCUAUUUUAGCAGCCCUGAACAGGCCUUUCCUGAACCGCCUAUUCCGAGUGGACAGUCAGUGAGUGACAAUCUCCCUGAUUUGGCAUUGUGUGUAAAGGUGGCACAGGUCCAUGAGGGUGUGAGCCAAGUACAUGUUUAGAUAUUUCUUUUUUUUUCAGUUUUUCUACAUUUCUGGACGCUUUCAACAGGAACAAAAACAUUUUAAAUGCAACCUAAGCUUAGGAUUGUUUACCUACCUGUCUAUUUAAAAAAAGAUGUCUUUGCCUUUUAGAUUUCUUCUUUGGCCAACAUUGGAGGCCAGGAUGUGAAGCGGGUGACCUGGAACAUACUGGGCAG